AUGGGAAGCCAGCUGCAAGCGAGUGAUGAUCAAGUUAAUAUUCCAUCAUCAUGGGGUGGAGGGAGCAACCGCAUAGCUGCCAUUGAGGAGGAGGGAAACACCCCUCCCCCCAUCACUGCCAACAACGCUCAUGAUGACAAAGAGUUGUUUGAUCAUGAUCAUGACGACCCUAAUCACCAGAAACCAGGUUGGAGAAAGUUUCUGUCACAUGUAGGCCCUGGAUUUCUUGUCUCUUUAGCUUAUCUUGACCCCGGCAAUUUGGAAACUGAUCUUCAGGCUGGAGCAAGUCACAGAUAUGAGCUACUAUGGGUGAUACUCAUUGGAUUGAUCUUUGCACUCAUAAUCCAAUCGCUGGCUGCAAAUCUUGGUGUAAGCACUGGCAAACACCUCUCAGAAUUAUGUAAGGCGGAGUACCCAAAAUAUGUGAAGUAUUCCCUAUGGUUGCUAGCUGAGAUGGCUGUCAUAGCCGCCGAUAUACCAGAAGUGAUUGGGACGGCCUUUGCACUAAACAUACUUUUCCACAUCCCAGUAUGGGUUGGAGUUCUAUUCACUGGCCUAAGCACUCUCUUACUUCUUGGCCUGCAGAGAUUCGGGGUUAGGAAGCUGGAGUUGCUGAUAGCAGUGCUGGUGUUCAUAAUGGCAGGGUGUUUCUUUGGGGAAAUGAGUUACGUGAAGCCCCCAGCAAAUGCUGUGCUGAAGGGAAUGUUUAUACCAAAACUCAAAGGCCAAGGAGCCACCGGCGAUGCCAUCGCCCUCUUGGGUGCCCUUGUCAUGCCCCACAAUCUCUUCCUCCACUCGGCUCUUGUGCUAUCCAGAAAAAUACCCAGUUCUGUCCAUGGCAUCAAUGAUGCAUGUCGAUAUUUCUUGAUAGAGAGCGGAUUCGCCUUGCUUGUGGCAUUUCUGAUCAAUGUUGCAGUUGUUUCUGUAUCGGGCACAGUUUGCUCUGCUGAUAACAUCUCAGCUGAGACUGCAGAUCGAUGCAGUGAUCUUACUCUUAACUCAGCCUCCUUUCUUCUCCAGAAUGUGUUGGGUAAGUCAAGCUCAACCAUUUAUGCUAUUGCAUUACUAGCCUCAGGGCAAAGCUCUACCAUCACAGGCACUUAUGCAGGGCAAUUCAUCAUGCAGGGUUUCUUGGAUCUUAAGAUGAAAAAGUGGACUAGGAACCUGGUGAGCAGGUGCAUUGCUAUUACGCCAAGUCUUGUAGUUUCAAUUAUUGGUGGAUCUUCAGGAGCAGGCCGACUCAUAAUCAUUGCAUCGAUGAUACUUUCAUUUGAACUCCCAUUUGCUCUAAUCCCUCUCCUCAAAUUCAGUAGCAGUGCCACCAAGAUGGGUCCUCACAUGAAUUCAAUAUAUAUUAUUUUGGUAUCGUGGGCCCUUGGCAUGGGAAUCAUCGGCAUCAACAUCUACUACCUGAGCACAGGCUUUGUGGGUUGGCUGAUUCACAGCAGUUUACCCACGGUCGGAAAGGUGUUCAUAGGGAUGCUAGUGUUUCCCCUAAUGGCCGCCUACAUCCUCGCCGUCAUCUACCUAACAUUCCGGAAAGACACCGUCGUAACAUUCGUUGAGCCCACAAAGAAUGUCCCAGCAGCUCAAAACGUCAUGGAAAGCGGUCGUCUAAGUAGUUCUAAAAGGCAACUCGAUAUGGGGCACGUCCCUUACAGAGAGGAUUUGGCCGAUAUCCCAUUCCCGGAGUAG